CGUGACGCCUGUCAUGGCGGCCUCCAUGGCCGCCGGUGGCGGGGCUGUGACUCGGCUGCUGCUGGGGGCGCCGGGGGGCUGCGGCUCCGCCCGGCGCGGGGCUUCCGCACGGCAGGGGUGUUCCAGGCGGAAGACGAGAGCUGCACAGCGGAGCUCGCGGGCGACAUAGUGAACGUGGUUUUCAUUGACCGUUCUGGGCGCCGGAUCCCCGUGCAGGGGCGCGUGGGGGAGGACGUGCUGCGUCUGGCCCAGAGGCACAACAUCGAACUGGAAGGCGCCUGCGAAGCCUCCCUGGCUUGCUCCACCUGCCACGUCUACGUGAGCCAGGAGUUGGUGGACAAGCUGCCUGUCCCUGACGAAAGGGAGGAAGACAUGCUGGACCUGGCCCCGCAGCUGCAGGAGAACUCCCGGCUCGGUUGUCAGAUCAUCCUCACCAAAGAGCUGGAGGGGGCGGAGUUCACCCUGCCCAAAAUCACCAGGAACUUCUACGUGGAUGGCCACGUUCCCAAGCCCCACUGAAGGCUGGAGGAGUCUCGGGGCUGCCCGUGGCUCUGGGGCUGGGCCUUAGAGAGCCCAAAGCAAGGGGGGCUGGUCGGAGAAAGCUCCCCCGGGGGGCCUGCUGGUGACAUGGAGAGGUGGGGGGAGGGGUUGUUAGUUUUAUAAGCCCAAGGUGAAGUGCCGAGCUUCCUACAGGCCUGGGGGCGGGUGGGGGGAAGAGGAGGAAGAUGGCAGCAGCAAAGAUGCUAGAAUAACCCCCCCGAAUCCAUCCCAGCUCUGCCACCCCCUCCCCAGCAGCGACGUGGGACAGAGGAGGAGAGGGGGCCGUACAACAGCCCGGCCUUUUCUGUUCAGGGAACGUGUAUUUAUUGGUGGUGGUGAACAAACCCCGCAGCCCAUCCCGGGGAGCAGAAGGAGGGCAGGUUGUGGGGAGGCCAGCAGAGGGCGCUCUGCAUUCACCCUGCCUGGAGGUCAGUUUCUCAUGGCGUGCUUUAAUAUACAUGAGGGGCCUUGGUGCGUUCUCUGUGCCAUUUAACGUGGGACAGCAGGGACCACAGCAGCAUAUUCUCUGGGCUGGUCACAGUCACUCACCCUGUAACCUCAGGAUCAGGGCCACUGCCCCUGCUGCAGCCACAUUUUAUUAUAUUAAAGCUCACGUUUGUACAA